AUGAAGGUCGCUCUGCCCCUCGAGCUCGUGGAUCUCAUCCUACAACAUUCACUUGGGCAUCGGGACAGCUCUGUCGAGAACAAUGACUCCCGUUACAGCCGAGAGUCGCAAGCAUUGGAUAGCCCGACAGCACUAUCAAGCACAACAAGGAGCAAUGUGGAUGGUCUAAUCAAUCUCCAACACGCCAUAGCCAUUAGCCCCUUGUCCAAGCAUCAUCAGAUACGCUUUCAGCCAGAAUUGUAUCGACAUGUAACACUACAAAACGUACAAGCUAUCGACUUGUUCGGGCGCACCAUCUCGGCCCGUCCCGAUCUCACGAAUCAGCUCUCCUCCCUUGCUAUCUUCAGCGACGAUACCGUCGAUGGUCGUCCUCGCCAAUUUUCGUCCCUACCGAUGUCAGCCAACCGUAACCAAGCUACAGUCAAUGUGAACGACGCGACAGCGGACGCCAUAUUGUCGGCCUGUCCGAAUGUGACGCACUUGUUGCUCUCCUGCACCCAAUUCAGCAACUUGUCGGCAAGCUUUUAUAGCUUGUUGCGGCCUAAAGAGGUCACCUUGAUCAACGUGAGCAAGCCGGCCGAUCUCAACGGUAUUGUCACACGCCAUCGUGACCUUACUGCUGCCGCUCUGCAAAACGACCCCAGAAUUCAGGCCGCCCUGGGCAACGUCACAGCAUCACAGACCGAACAAUCGCCCUCCUCGUCGAGCCCAUCAGCUUCAGAGCCACCAGGGAAUCUAGCGGUUGCAACAGCGUCGCCGCGCAUAGGCGAACGCGAACCUUCACUCUCACACUUGCAUCUGGUCAACUUCGAUGGGCGGUUGAUACAUCAUUUGGCCACUGUCUCUUCCUUGACCCAUCUCGUGCUUACAUACCCCCUGCUCCCGGAAACCAGACCGGGAGUGCCUGGGCUGUCGAUCAUCCCUCGCUCGCUUCUGAUCUUGCUCCUUGGCUCGGGCAACAUCGUUCGCAUCAUCAUCCGUGCUCCUCUCUCGACAUGCAUUCGGAUCAUGGAGGAGCUCGCGCCCAUCGAAGAUCGCAAUCUCGUCUUUCGACCUAUCCGCACAGUCGCUGAUCCACUCUUUCCUGCAGACCCAGCUCGACACCCGACCACUAUGGCAGCGCUCGGCGAACGAGCCUCGGCCCUCUUUGAUGCGCUUGCAGCGAGCGGGCUCGAUUUACUGGCAGAAUUUUACAACCGUGUUCGCCUCCAUCUUCAUAAAUCGCGAUCGCCUUCGCGAGCACCCUCUUCGUUGGAUGGAGAUCCAGAUACCAGUCGUGAUUCGUCGAGACGACGGAGUCACAGCCGUUCAUCCGACAGCACUGGCUCAGGAAACGGCGCCACGUCGUCUGGAUGGGGAGAGGAGGAGGACGCUGAAAGGCCUCCGCAGACGUACGAAGACGCAUCAGACGGCAACAGUGAAGAUGACUUGGACGAGUCCGGUGAAGAAUUCCUUCUCGGCCCACAACCUUCCUCGACAAGGCUUGCGGGCGUCAGCAUUGAUGCACCACCUCUCAACAUCCCCAUCGAGGAGCUGUUACGUGACGAAGGUUUCACACACGCCGGCCUUGCCGGCCAGCUCGGUGGUCGCCGCAGCGGCAGUAGCAACGAAGCUAGUACGAGCACCGGAACCGGCAGUGGUAGCGGCAGCGGUAGCAUCUUGACUUCCUCGUCAUCCGCUGCCUCCUCGAGCCAUUCUCGGAGACAGCGACAGCAACAGGACUGUCUACGUCAACGCGUUCGUCGAGAUCCCUACUCCGUCCGUCCAACAGACCUCCGCGGCGCAACGCAAGCCAACAUUGACGUCUGCGCGCAAAUCUAUGAAGCAUUGGCUUCAAACGCUGGCAUCGAACAAGAAAUGGGCUUCUGGUAG